GAAGGAUUCCAUGGAAUUGCCGGAAUGCCGAAUGUUGUGGGGGCGAUCGACGGAACUCUGGUUCCUGUUCAAGCACCGAUCUUAGACGAACAUGUCUACGUUUGCAAAAAAGGAUAUCAUGCCAUAAAUGUACAAGCUAUUUGUACUCACUCCAUGAAAUUCAUUAAUGUCAUCUGCAAGUGGCCCGGAUCUGUCCAUGACAGUUUUAUUCUGACUAAUAGUGAAGUGGGUGAUAUCAUGGAACAGCAGAUGAAUGGGUGGCUGUUGGGCGACUCAGGGUACCCUUUGAGGCCAUGGCUUUUAACACCAGUUGGCAUUCCUACAACAAGAAAUGAAGAGAAGUACAACAGAUCUCACAUGAAGACAAGAAAUGUGGUUGAGAGAGCCUUUGGAAUGUUAAAGUCAAGAUUCAGAUGUCUACACAAGUCAACUGGAUGUAUUUUGUUCUCCCCAGCCAAAACAUGCCAGGUUAUUUAUGUUUGUUUUCUGUUGCACAAUAUGUGCAUUGAUCAUGCCGUCGACCCCCCAGAGAACUUCGAGGAACAAGAACCAGAUCAUGUACCGUACAAUGGUCAUCUGGAAGAUGGGCGUAAUGUCCGAUCAAACCUCAUCCAACAACGAUUUUAACUGUCAAUUAUCAUAUGAGCAUAUUCAACAAAAUAUUCAGAUCAACCUGUAUCAGACCAAGUCAAUUACUCUUGUGGUCACACGUGUAAUGUUCACAAUUGGAUAUUAAUAGGCUCAUCAGUUAUUUAUGAA